AUGGAGCUGUGGCGGCAGUGUGCGAUCUUAAUAGAGUGUCGAGUUCUUCCUGAGAACCACCGGGUCACAUGGGAUGGCGCCCAGGUGUGUGACCUGGCCCAGGCUCUCAGAGAUGGUGUGUUGCUCUGCCAGCUGCUCAACAACCUGCUGCCUCAGGCCGACCUGAAAGAAAUCAACCUGCGGCCACAGAUGUCCCAGUUUCUGUGCCUGAAAAAUAUCCGGACCUUCCUGGUUGUCUGUCAAGAGAAGUUUCUAAAGAAGAAUGACCUGUUUGAAGCCUUUGAACUGUUCGACGUACGGGACUUUGGAAAGAUAAACUACAAGGAAAGGCUCCUACUGUACGGCCAUUACUGCAGCCAGGUGGAAGCAGCGACGAAGCACCUCGACAAGGUGUCCACCAUGAGAGAGGACGUCAGGAUGAAACUGGAGGAGUGUUCAAAGAGAGCAAACAGUGGCCGUUUUUCCCUCAGAGAUUUACUCAUGGUUCCAAUGCAGAGAGUCCUUAAGUAUCACCUGCUGUUACAGGAGCUGCUGAAACACACCAACGACCCCACAGACAAGGACAAUCUCCGAGCAGGUCUUGAUGCAAUGAGAGACUUAGCUCAGUGUGUGAAUGAAGUCAAACGAGACAAUGAAGUCAUCAAACAAAUCACCAGCUUUCAGAUGUCCAUAGAAAACCUGACUCAGUCUCUGGCUCUGUUCGGUCGUCCAAAGAUCGAUGGAGAGCUGAAAAUCUGCAGCUCAGAGAAAAAGUCCAACAGGGACAGGUCUAUAUGCGUUCCUUUCGACAAAGCUGUGAUCGUUUGCAAAAAGAAGGGCGGAGAAACGUUUGAGCUCAAGGACAUCAUUGAACUACAUCACUACCAGAUACGAGAUGAAACCACGGGGGAGAAGGACAACAAGAAGUGGUCCUAUCUGUUCCUCUUGCUGGACUGCUUCGGGAGGAGUGGCUACGAUUUCUUCUUCAAAACCAGAGAACUGAAGAAAAAAUGGCUGGAACAGUUUGAGAUGGCGAUGUCAAACAUGUCUCCUGAGAACUCCACUGCAAAUAACCAUGACUUCCAGAUGCAUUGUUUUGAGGAAACAACCUCCUGCAAAGCCUGUUCAAUGCUGUUAAGAGGGACAUUCUUCCAGGGCUACCAGUGCACCCGUUGUAAAAUGGCGGCACAUAAAGAGUGUUUAGGCAGAGUGCCGGGAUGUGGACGAAACUCUGAUCAUUCUGGCCAUAAUAAGAGACAGGAUAGAGCACAGCGAUCAUCAGGAAGUUCCAAUGCAGCAUGUCCAAAGAUGGAGGUGUGCCAGGAGUAUUAUGGUCUGCCGCCGCCCCCUGUGGGCUUUGGCCAGCCUCUUCAGCUCCUCAAGGGAAACAUUAUCGAGCUGAACCGGGCCGAUGUUGACCUGGCCUGGUGGGAGGGAAGAAAUCUAACCACGGGUCAAGUGGGAUGGUUCCCCUGCCAAAAGGUUCAGCCUUACAUCUCUAGGCCAACCCCAGACCUGUCCGGCUUCCUCUGGUUUGCAGGGAACAUGGAUCGCACCGCCGCCAAAAACCUGUUAAUAUCGCGGUCUGACGGAACUUUCCUCGUCAGGCAAAAGGAUGGAGGAGAGUUUGCAAUCAGCAUCAAGUUCAACAUGGACAUCCGACACAUCAAGAUCACCUCCUUUGAGGGCCUCUACCGCAUCAACGACAAGAAGGCAUUUAGAAGUUUAAUCGAAAUGAUAGAGUUUUACCAGAAGAAUUCUCUCAAAGAGUACUUCAAGGACGUGGACACGACGCUGCGCAUCCCUUAUAAACAGCCAGAGCAAAGCAACUCGUCCAACAACACAACCAACACAGCACGAGGGGGCAGCGUAAAGAGCUUCGGCUUAGCCAGGGCCAGAUAUGACUUCUCAGCCAGGGACCGCACUGAGCUGUCCCUGCGAGAGGGGGAUACCAUCAAGAUCCUCUCCAAGAAGGGCCACAGCGGCUGGUGGAAGGGGGAAGUCUACGGCCGGGUGGGGUUAUUUCCGUCCAACUAUGUGGAGGAGGAUUACUCUGAUUACUGCUGACUUCCACCCGCGUGAGACGUGUCAACCCAAUCUGAAUGUGAAAGGGUACCUGUGAGCGACUGCAUUAAGUCAUAUGCAUGAGUGUGAUGGUGUGUCUGUGUGUGAAAGGAAAUGUGGUUCUGCUGCUGGGUGUCUAGUGAUGUGAAUAAAACUUUUUGUUCAGCCAGCCA